AAGAGGAGACAUUUGUAUCCCAGAAACCUCAUCUUUGCAAGAAACCAGGAGCAAACCAGAUUCUCAACACCAUGGCUUGCUGUGUUCCCUGCUGCUGCAGCGUACCCACUGGCCCCGCCACCACCAUCUGCUCCUCUGACAAAUGCUGCCGGUGUGGAGUCUGCCUGCCUAGCACCUGCCCACACACGACUUGGUUACUGGAGCCAACCUGCUGUGACAACUGCCCCCCACCCUGCCAUAUUCCUCAGCCCUGUGUGCCCACCUGCUUCCUGCUCAACUCCAGCCACCCUACCCCAGGCCUGGAGACCCUCAACCUCACAACCUACACUCAGCCCUCCUGUGAGCCCUGCAUCUCAAGCUGCUGCUGAAUGAUGAUUGCUUUGCUCCAUGCCUGACAAUGAAGAACCCAGAAGCUGUCUAUUCAGUAUUCACUUGCCUGGGCAGUUUAUCAGAUGUUGAGGUAGACCAGAUGGCCCAGAUAUGGAAAACCUACUUUUCAUUUUAAUGGGAAAAAAUUGAGACAUUUUUUAUGGUUAUUCGGCUGAAUAAUCAUUUGGAUCAUUUGGGCAGGUGAACAUCAUCUAUUAUCAAAAUACUACUGAAAUCUGUCAGAGCUCUGACUAUAUUUUCUUGGUCAUGUUGCUUCUUGGAUCCUAUUUCUUAUACUGGAUAUUUUCAUAGAGAAAAAAAUUCUUGAUGGGCUUUCCAAUAAACUAUUUCUCUGGCAAGA